AUCUCAUUUCGAUUAUAACUAUUUACUGUAAAAGUUGGUAGCUAGAAAAACAAACAAAAGCAAAGUCUUUGAUUGGUUGCUUCUCUCUCUCAAAAGCAAAAUCUUUGACCAGAUAAAAGUUUUCUUACAUUAAUUCCUCCACUAAUCAAAUUUCCGCUACUUGUAGAACGAUGGCAUUAGUACCCAACAAGACUAGUGUUGCAUCAACCGAUAAAAGAAUUGCAGUUGUGACAGGAGGAAACAAAGGGAUUGGGCUGGAGAUAUGUCGUCAGCUGGCUUCAAAAGAGGACGUCAUGGUCAUCCUAACUGCCAGAAAUGAGACUCGGGCCAUGGAAGCUAUCCAAGACCUCAAAGUUUCCGGCGUCGUGGAUGUUGUUUUUCAUCAACUUGAUAUUAAAGAUCCCAAGAGUAUUGCUACACUGGCUCAAUUUGUCCAAGCUCAAUACCAGAAACUAGAUAUCUUGGUGAACAAUGCAGCAGAAAAUGGGAUAAUAGUUCACCAUGAUAAAUUUAGAGCCUUCAAGGAUGGAGCAGGAUAUGAGCAUGUGUAUGAUGAAAAUGUACAUCUGUUUGCCGGGAUUAUAGAAGAACCUUAUGAUUUGGGACAAGAGUGUAUCAAGACGAAUUACUAUGGAACUAAAGCAGUAACAGAGGCAUUUCUCCCUCUUCUCCAACUCUCUAAUUCACCAAGAGUCGUGAAUGUUUCUUCUAAUUAUGGAGAGCUUUUCUGGAUCCGCAAUGAGAAGGUGAAAGCAGAGUUCCUAGAUAUCGAUAACCUUACUGAAGAACGGAUUGAUGGGAUCAUCCAAUGGUAUUUGAGGGACUUUAAGGCCAACAAGUUGUCAGAGAAUGGCUGGCCCCUAACAUGCACUGCUUAUAAGAUUGCAAAGGCUGCCGUUAAUGCUUAUACAAGGCUUUUGGCAAGAAAGUAUCCUAAAGUUCUAGUCAAUUGUGUCCAUCCAGGUUAUGUCAAAACCGAUAUCACGUCUCACACAGGACACUUGACUCCAGAACAAGGCGCUAAGGCUCCUGUAAUGGCUGCUCUGUUGCCCGACAAUGGUCCAUCUGGCGUCUACUUCAAUCAAAUGGAAAUAACUCCAUUUUGAUCAGUAGAAGGAAUGAUGAAAUGAAAACACUACUUGUUCUAAUUUUUGUUGUAUAAAUCACUGAUUAUUCUAAAUUCUUAAUAAUGAUACACACCGUUUUAUCCCCU